UAAUGAAGUUAAAGCCUUGUAGUGUAAAGACCUCACAGAAAUCUUUGUUAAGGUUCGAUUUGGUCCAGUUCACCCAAAUUUAAUAACAACUGUGUCAUCUGCUGUCAAAGAUUAUUAAAACAACAUAUCACCAAAACAUUUGAACCAAAUAUUUUACUAGAUCUCUGUUUCGAUUUCGAAGCAACUUCAUUAGAUAUGUCACAUCAAGGCAUCAUAUUUUGACAGCGUCAAUAAAACUUCCAAGUUGUAACCCGUUGAAUUCACCUGCAGAGUUGCCUGUAGCCACGCGGAGAUACCUAAAUUAUUGAGUGCUGGCAAUUCUUUUGCUUUUAGCAGCGGGUCCAAUAUGCGAGUAAUUUACUUGAUGUUAUUGUGCCUCGCCCUCUGAACGAUUGAUUAUUCUUAUAAUUUCCGUUAAGAUAACGGGCUGUUGCAUAACACGAUAACUGCGAGCGAGAAAUGUCCUGGGCUGUUGGCGAUUUCAAGGGCUUAGGCACGUUCAGGUAGCACAAAGCGUUUUUCGAUGGUGUGACAACUUAGGAUAGCUGGUACGGAUCUUCAAGAUUUCAACGCGACAGUUUUCGGUCGUCACCACAAGACAAGUCCUGUCGACAUCUUUGUUAAGGCUUGUCUUGAUCCGGAUGCCGUGACUAGAUAUGGAUUGGAACACAACUUUCAAUAAAAACGCCGUAAGUGCUUUGCCUUCAGUGUACACUACACAGGCGUUUGCAGUGAUGGAAGGAAAUGAGAGUUCAUUCAACGCUACUACACAUGCAACUCCAGAGUUGGAGCAAUCCCUAGAUUUUUGGAUCAUUAAGAUCGUGUUUUACUGCAUCAUUCUACUGGGUAGCUCUUUGGGGAACAGUUUAGUAAUUUACAUCAUUGCGAGCAAUGCACGAAUGCGAACGCCGUCCAAUUACCUUAUCAUGAACCUUGCGGUCUGCGAUUUUGUGACGCCAGUGUUCAGCAUCCCCUUCGACUUUGUGCUCGAAGAACACAACUACGUCUGGAUUUACGGCGCAAGUAUGUGUAAAAUUCUGUGGCCUUUGACAACGCUGUCUUCAACCUCGGCCGCUUUGACCCUCGCAGCGAUUUCACUUGAUCGUUAUCGCGUAAUCAUGCACCCCUUUAAGGCUCGCUUAACUAUGGUCAAAAUCAAAUGUAUUAUUGUUGCGACGUAUUUGUUUUGUUUACUAAUGGUUACGCCGUACUCUUACGUGCUCGGUUUGAAAGGAAACGAGUGCCAUGAGACUUGGCCCGAUAUUUCCUACAAAAAAUAUUACACGCUGAGUCUUUUCCUGGUGCAGUAUUGCCUCCCUCUGACGUUCAUGGUCGUCAUGUAUUCCUUAGCACUGAAGAACCUCUACACUACCACAGAUAAGACGAGUACUAGAAAAGCAGAGAAAGAACAGGCUGAGAUGAGCAGUACAUCACGUAAUUCUUCCACAUCUGCAGAGCCAAAACUAAAAAAGGUGUCUUCCACAGUUCGUCUUGUGCGGAAGCUGUCCUCGACUGUAAGAAGAGGCACAACCGAAGCAAACAAGAGAGCGACUAAAAUGUUUCUUGCAAUAGUCGUAGUUUUCACCAUAUGCAUGUUCCCAAAUCAAGCGUUGUGGCUAUGGGCGGAUUUUUCCAAUGGCGCUGACAACCCCAAUUUCCUCAAGGCUGUUAUCGUCUGCUGGUUGUUCACCUACUCCAACAGUGUCUGCAACCCGGUGAUUUACGCCGUUUUCAGCCGGGAUUUCAGAAGAGGUUUCAAACGAGCGUUCAAAAAAGCGUUCUGCCUACGUCACGGGCGCCGUCGAGUUUUUAACCCUGAUUUAGUGGCGACAUUAACCACGGAGUUAAAAAGUGUUGGCACGGACAUAGAACGGCGAAAAAGAAAGAUAGCUUCCGUAGAAGCACCUAAGUUAUAUCUUUUGUAAUAGUGAGGGGAAAACAUUUCCACAUUGCAGAAUCGCGCACGCGGCGGGGUAGUACACCCUUUCUUAAUGGGAAGAAGACAUUUCUUAAGAAUAUCGAGGCGAAAUUUGCGAAAUUUUAGAAAUAUUUUAAGAAAAAAGAACCGAGGCAGAAAUUUUGAAAAGAAUGUAAUUUUGUGAUGAAAGUUUGUAUGUGCGUCGUAUACCCGCAGGCUGGCUCCAGAAUUACUUCAACGCCAUCCAGACACCAAAUACACUGGAAAACAGAAAUGUCAUAUG